CGACGUAUGUGUCAUGUGUGACGCGGCGACGUAUGUGUCAUGUGUGACGCGGCGACGUAUGUGUCAUGUGUGACGCGGCGACGUAUGUGUCAUGUGUGACGCGGCGACGUAUGUGUCAUGUGUGACGCGGCGACGUAUGUGUCAUGUGUGAGACAUGCGGAUGUAUUUGCGGUUGUCACUUGCGGUCUUGCUCUUUGGCUCCUGGGCAGGUCCAGCAGCAUGGAGGAUGUAGAGAGCCCGAGCAGCACGGAGGUUCUGGGGUCACCUGCAGUGGACGGGCCAGAAGAAGAGGUGGAUGAGACCCCUAAAGAGCUGCGGGCAGACCCCCAACCCGGACAGGGCGGCACGUGGCAGGAGGACUCUGCUGUGCUGGAAUGGAUGCUGUGCCGCAAGGAGGGUGGCGAGUGGGUGACGGGAGAGCUAGAGAGCGCUGCGCAGCCGGUCAUGUACCACGAGCUCCUGUGGAGGGACUGGCAGGACCUGUCCGACCCCCCCCUCGACCAGCAGUUUGAUUUUGCUGUCUUGUCCUACAACAUCCUCUCCCAGGACCUGGUGGACCAGAACCCGCAGCUCUACCAGCACUGCGCCCCCCAGAUCCUAGACUGGGACUACCGCUGGCCCAGCAUUCUCCAGGAGCUGCAGCACUGGGAGGCCGAUAUCCUCUGUCUUCAGGAGGUGCAGGACGACCAUUACCGGGAGCGGGUGGAGCCGAGCCUCCGCGCACUGGGGUACAGCUGUCACUACAAGCGGCGGACGGGCAGGAAGACCGACGGCUGCUGCACCUGCUUCAAGGCUCAGCGCUUCACGCUAUUGGCUGAGAGGCAUGUCGAAUUUUUCCGUCCUGCAAUCAAUGUCUUAAACCGUGACAAUGUGGCUCUGGUGCUACUGCUGCAGCCGCAGCUCCCUGAGGGGGCACCAGAUGGCCGUGCCACUGCCCCCCGUCUGUGUGUGGCCAAUACCCACCUGCUCUACAAUCCUCAGAGGGGGGACAUAAAACUGGCACAGCUGGCACUUCUUCUGGCGGAGGUGGAGACCUUAUCCCGGAAUCCCGGCGGAUCCCGCUGCCCAAUAAUACUUUGUGGAGAUCUGAACGCAACACCGGACUCUCCGCUCUACCAGCUGUUGUACAAUGGGGUUCUCAACUACCGCGAUCUGCCUGCCUGGAAGGUGUCCGGACAGGAGCGCUACUGCAGCACCCCCAAUCCAAGGCUCCUGUGCUCCGCGCUCUGGCCGGACUUCCUGGGAGUCAGUGGCCGCUGUCAGUAUGUCAAACACCAGGCUGCACAGGUCAAAGACAGACGGACCUAUAACCGCCAGCGCCUCCUGGAGCUCCGCUACUGCCACUGCGCCCUCCAGAGACCAGAGCACCUGGUUAUGAUGAAGGGUGUGACGGACAAGAAGCCAGAUCCACGCCGGGAGCCGGCCCAUGACAUCCUGGACAAUGGAGAGCCGUCAUUCAGGUCGCAGCCCCUCUUGCUGCAGCACAGUCUGGACCUGACCUCUGUCUACACCCACUUUCUGCCGGCUAAAGGUCGCUUUGAAGUCUCCACGAUGGCGCUGGGCAGAGGCCGCACUGUGGAUUAUAUCUUCUAUUCUGCAGAACCCAUUCCCGUGCGUGGCACAAAGCAUGGUCUGAGAUUCUAUAAGGACACUCAACUGAAGCUUCUGGGGCGACUGUGUCUUCUGUCUGAGGAGGAUCUGUGGGCGGCACAGGGACUUCCAAACCCCUUCUGCUGCUCGGACCACUUGUGCCUCCUGGCCCGCUUCAGCUUGGAUCUGUCAGCAGCAGGCGGGCAGGAGUAGGGGCGGGCAGCUGCCCCCUGGCAGGACAUGGCUUCUGUAGGAUCUCUCUCUUCUUUUACGAUUGAUGGCUGCCCAGCCAUUCUCAGGGGUCUGCUGCUCCGCGGGGGAGGGGGACCACAUGUAUAAAGUGUAUA